AUGGCGGAAACUGAUAAGCUAGCUCGGUUCCUUGAUUCAGGUAUAUACGAAUCCGACGAUUCGAAGUGGUUCUUCGCAGACCCAGUUCGUAUAAUCAACCGUUCAUAUACCCAAUUCAAGGUUUCACCUUCUGCUUACUACUCUCGUUCCUUCAAUUCGAAGCAUCUCAAUCCACAACCCAGCGACUCUAAUCCGAGAAAGAGGAAACGGAAGCAGAGAAACCCUAGCUAUCACGUACCUAGUGCAGGAGAGCAAGCUUUUAAUCUUCGUCAUCAGGAAGUGAGGCCGUUCUUAUCGGAAGCUCAUGUAUCGCUUCUACGGGAAAUCGAGCUUUUGAGUUUAACGAAAGGCCUAAGUGAUGAUUCUGGUUUGUUGAUUAAUUGUUGUGACGACGAACUCUCUUUCGUUGAGCUUGGAGGAGUGUGGCAAGCUCCUUUGUACGAGAUAACACUGAAUUUGAAUCUACAUUGUGAUAACGAAGGUUGUUCUACUGAGAAAUGCAGUGAACAGAGAGUGUGUAAAGUGUUCAAUAACUUAGUAGUGAACGAGUCAGAAGAAGAGGUUGAAGCCGAGUUUUCGAAUCGGAGAUAUAUAAUGCCCAGGAAGAGUUGCUUCUACAUGUCUGAUUUACUACACAUCCGAAACCUUGUUCCUGCUAAAUCUGAAGAAGGCUUCAAUCUUAUAGUUAUUGAUCCACCCUGGGAAAAUGCAAGCGCUCAUCAGAAGUCAAAGUAUCCGACUUUACCAAAUAGAUACUUCUUAUCCCUCCCAAUCAAUAAGCUUACUCAUGCUGAAGGAGCUCUCGUGGCUUUAUGGGUGACUAAUAGAGAGAAAUUACUUAACUUUGUUGAGAAAGAGCUGUUCCCUGCGUGGGGAAUUAAGUACGUAGCUACCAUGUAUUGGUUAAAGGUGAAACCAGAUGGUACACUGAUUUGCGAUCUGGACCUGGUCCAUCAUAAACCUUAUGAAUAUCUUCUGCUGGGUUACCGCUUUACUGAACUUGCAGAAUCAAAACAGAGGUCAGAUUUUGAACUCUUGGAUAAGAACAAAAUAAUCAUGAGCAUCCCUGGAGAUUUUUCGAGGAAACCCCCAAUCGGAGAGAUACUAAAGAAACAUGUUCCCGGGUCUCAACCAGCUCGGUGCCUUGAGCUAUUUGCUAGGGAAAUGGCUGCUGGUUGGACCUCUUGGGGAAACGAACCGCUUCACUUCCAGGAGUCGAGAUACUUUUUGAAAGAUUAG